CUUAACAGAACCCCUUCAUAUCCAAUCCCAACCUCUCUCAAUCUCUCUCUCUCUCUCUCUCUCUCUCAUUUUUCAUCUCCAAAGGGUUUUGGAGGUGAAUCAUUUGGUGGGUUGGUCUCAAGUGUUUUUGUUUUGAGGCCUCUCCUCCUCCUCCUCCUCCACUUUUGUUCAUCCCAUGGCUCCUGUUUCAUUGCCUCCCGGCUUCCGAUUCCAUCCCACCGAUGAAGAACUCGUUGCGUACUACCUCAAACGCAAGAUCAAUGGCCGGGAAAUUGAGCUCGAGAUCAUCCCUGAAGUCGAUCUCUACAAAUGUGAGCCAUGGGAUUUGCCAGGAAAGUCGUUGCUUCCUAGCAAGGAUCUCGAAUGGUACUUCUUCAGCCCUCGAGAUCGAAAGUAUCCAAACGGGUCAAGAACCAAUAGAGCAACGAAAGCGGGAUAUUGGAAAGCCACUGGCAAAGAUAGGAAAGUGAAUUCCCAAUCGAGAGCUGUUGGGAUGAAGAAAACCCUAGUGUACUAUCGCGGUCGAGCCCCGCACGGCGCUCGUACCGAUUGGGUCAUGCACGAAUAUCGUCUCGAUGACCGGGAAUGUGAUGUCCCUUCUUCUGGUUUACAGGAUGCUUAUGCACUUUGUCGUGUGUUCAAGAAGAGUGCGACAAUAGCUCCAAAAAUAGAAGAGAAUCAACAAUAUUGUAAUAUAACCUCGUCUUCUAAUCAAUUCAUUAACAGUGAUCAAUCUUCUGAACUUUACUCAGAAGGAAGAUGUGAAGAACCCGAGAGCUCAAAUUAUUCGAUGCCGUUCGAUGGCUUCCAAUCCCAUCAAGUUAAUAAAGAUUGUUCAUUUGACAUGUUUGGUGGAAGAAGAGAAGGAAAAUGGUCUCAAUUCUUAUCUCAAGAAGCCUUUAAUUCAGCCCCUUCAUUCCCAAGUUAUGCAAAUAUUCCAUACCCUCCUUCCAAGGUGGACAUAGCAUUAGAAUGUGCAAGGUUACAACACCGUUUCACUUUGCCACCGUUGGAGGCGGAGGGUUUUCCCAACUCGAGCUACUCCGAUCACUUCAAAAUGCCACAACCGGUGGAGCCAACCAUGCUCGGUGGUUCAAGCGAGACGUCGACCGACAUAUUACAAGAGAUUCUUUCUGUAGCUCAGGCCUCUCAAGAGCUUGCCAACCAAUCUUCUGUAGUUGAAACAACAACAUGGGAUGGAGGGCUUGCCAAUGUUUAUGGUUGUUCCAAUGAGGAUUUCAAUUUCAUGGGUAACAAAGAUGGCUUCCAUGAUUGGAACUCCUCUACAAGAUUUCAUGUCGAGAGCUCGUGGGACGAUCCAUUCUCUAAGUGUAUAGAGGUCGGUAAUGUUGGUGACGAGAUCCCGGUGGAGAACUUACGAUGGGUCGGAAUGUCUAAUAAAGAUCUCGACAAGAAUUGCAUGGAAGAAUCCAAGCUAGUUCCCAUUGAGAAUAUUUCAAGCUUCCCAAUUGAAGAACAAGUCAAUGGUCAAAUGAACGAUUUCUCGCUCACAUUCAUAAACGAGGAUGACUCGAAUGCGAACAACUUCGUCAUGGAAGGAUCAGGAAACUCCAUAGUCAACUAUUCGAGCUCCCCGAGUUUCGAGGUGGUCGAAGAAAUCAAAGUCAACCACGGUCUCUUCAUCUCAACAAGACAAGUAGCUGAGACAUUCUUCCACCAAACAAUGCCUUCAGAGACUGUUAAAGUUCAAACCUUGACCUCUUUCAUGGCACCAAAUUUCAUCAGCUUCCAUGAAAGAACACCUCAAAAGACAGCUUCUUUCUUCAAUGGGUCAUCUUUGAAGAAGCCAUGGAAGAGCUUACAAAGGAAAAUUGUUUCAAUUCUUGAAAUUCUGAUGAUCUUUGUUAGUGUGUUUAGUGAAGAAGAAGAAGAAGAUGAUGAUGAUGAUGAUAAUAAUAAUGGUGAAGGGGAGAAAUUGUUAAGUGAAGAAGAAGAAUUGAGAUCAAAGGGGAAAGGAGAAGGUUUGAAUAUGAUUUUGAAGAAGACAGCCAUUUUCUUUAGCAUUGCUUCUUUGGCUCUUUGUUCCAUUUGGGCUAAUUAUAAUUGAUUUUUUUUUU